CAACUUACAUCCACAGCCAGACCAAGCAGCACUGACAGAAAAUUAACUUGGCUUCUCCAUUUCUUACUGUGGGAUGGCUUUUGAAAAUAUCUCCCUGGACUCAGCUGAAAACUCACCAAACCAGAGUAGCUGCGAUGUGUUUGUCUACCAAAGAGCUGCAGUGGUCAUCUUCCCUAUUUUCUACUCUGUGGUUUUCAUCAUCAGCGCCUGCAGCAACAGUUUGGUUCUUUAUGUUAUCUGCCAGAGAAAGCAGAAGUUCAACUCCACUUCCAUCUAUUUGGUCAACCUUGCCUUAUCUGAUGGCCUGUUCACACUGACGCUGCCUGGCAGAAUUACCUACUACAUCCGUCACUUUGACUGGCCCUUUGGUGACUUUCUCUGCAAAUUGACUGCAGUUCUCUUCUUUGCAAACACAUAUGCAGGUAUUGGCUUCAUGACCUGCAUCAGCCUGGACAGAUACCUGGUCAUGGUGCAUCCACACCGUCUGCAGUGUUUGCGGAGUGUGAAGGUUGUUCGCAGGGUCUGCUGCCUGGUCUGGGCUCUAGUAUGUCUGGAGAUAUCUCCUCUGCUGUUCCGCAGUAUGCUGCGUGACCACCAGGGAAAACGGACCUGCAUGGAGUACUUGAACUUCGAGGGCUCCCGCUCCACCCCUUAUCUCCUGCUUCUGGCUUGCGUCAUCUCCUUCUGCUCUCCCCUCGCUGUCAUCAUGGGUUGCUACGCCAAGAUCAACCUGAAGCUUCGAGGUGCAGCCAAGCAGAACUCCGUAACUGGACGGUCAAGGAGAAAUCAUAGGGCCAACACUAUCAUUCUCCUCAUCCUCCUUACCUUUAUCAUAUGCUUCAGCCCUUACCACCUCAACCUCAUGCAGUUUAUGGUCAGAAAAAUAUACCACCAGCCAACCUGUGAAGAACUGCGUGCCUUUAAGAUGUCUUUACAGAUUACAGUUUCCUUCAUGAACUUCAACUGCUGCUUGGAUCCAGUCAUCUACUUCUUUGCCAUUAAAACCUACAAGAAGCGGGUGACGAGCCUGUUUAAGGACUAUCUCUAUACUUCCGGUGCCUCCCCCAAAACAACAGCUGACAACAGCAGCAGCAACACCUGAGAGAAACCACAGCUGAGCUCACAGCACAUACGUCUACCAUGAGUGUCACAGAAGACCUAGUUUACCACGUUAAACUCAAACAGGCCUAGUCUAGUCUGUUGUGUUGGUUCUGGCAAUGGAAAUGACUAAAAAGUCCUUCCAGAUAUUGUGUCAGUUGUGCAGGAACAUAUACUGUUUAUGUCACUUACAUGCUAUCCUUCAAACUUUAAAUCAAAUGUACUAAUCCAUCCAAAAUAAUAUUCUCUGUACCUUGUUAUAGUGUUGACAGCAGUGUUUGUACAGUAUGUACAGUCUUUUUUCUUUUUCUUUUUCUAUGAUAGUUUACAGUAUUGCUUUCCUUAUUGUAACAAUAGUGUCAAAAUUCAUUAACAUUAAUCUAUGUUUGUGUAUUAAAUUGUGCUUUGUAUUUGUGCAGGGUGAAGAAAAUAAAGAGUUUUUGGAUCUCUUUAAAAAAAAAAAAAA